AUGAAUGAUUCUAUUGUUAUUGAUACACCUUUACCGUAUUGUAAUAUAUGCUUACCAUCAACUGAUCCUAAAUAUCAGGCAUAUAAUAUAGCGGUAUCAGGUAUCUUACUUGCAUUUGUUGGUAUUGUAGGAUUUUUUGGUAAUAUUCUUGUUAUUCGAGUAUAUACAACACCUAAUAUGAGAAAACAUAGUUCAAAUAUAUAUUUAGCUGCAUUAGGAACAUCAGAUCUCUUAAUGAUAUGUACAGCAAUGUUUUUAUUUGUUCUCGAAUCAUGGAGACAUCAUUCACGUCCUAUUGUCGCAUAUAUUUACGGGUUUGGAGCACCCUAUAUAUUUCCAUUAGGAGCAAUAUUUCAAACAACAUCAGUAUAUUUUUGUGUUGCUGCUGCUGUUGAUUGUUUUAUUCGCGUAGUACUUCCUAAAAAAAUUGGAGAUAAAUGUUGUACUGCAAAAAUAGCAGAAAGAAUCGUUAUAGUAAUAACAAUAAUUUGUUUAAUAUACAAUAUUCCUCACUUUUUUGAACUUCAAUCUGUUUUGUGCAUAGAUACAAAAUAUGAAAUAAAUAAUUUACAAAUAUGUCCAACAGACUUUAGAACAAAUGAAAUAUAUUAUACAAUAUAUUAUACAUUUCUUUAUACAACAUUCAUGGCUGUUGGACCAUUAAUUGUAUUGGUUAUUCUUAAUAUAUGUGUUGUUGUAUCAGUAUGCUCCAAAAGUAAUACAAUAGAAGAAGAUGAUGGAAUUGAUGAAGAAGAUGGAACAAUAAGUUUAAUAUUAGUAGUCUUCUUUUUUAUUUUCUGUAACUUUAUAGCACUUAUCGUUAAUUUUCUUGAAUUAAUAUUUCAACAACAACUUGAAGCAACAAUGGCAUAUUUAAUUGAUAUGUCAAAUCUUUUAGUUGUUAUUAAUUGCACAGCAAAUUUUUUUGUUUACCUUAUUUUUUCACCAGCAUUCAAAAGAACAUUAAAAGAAAUAAUAUUUACAAAUAAAGUUAUAAAAGAUGAGGAAGAAAUAUGGAAAGAGUCAUGUGAAAAUGGUAGUAGUCUUCAAAAUAUUCUUGAUUAA